AUGGAUCGCCUCUCAUUGAAUGAAGAUCUCGAAGUCGGUCUUCUUCAAGCUAAAUCGCUGACCAUGCUUGAACAGCGAAUGGACAUCAUAGCACUAAUUGAUGCUCAAAGAGCUGAAUCUAAUGAAGCUGAGGUUAUUGAUGAUACCAUCACUUCCCAUGAAGCUAAUGGAGCUGAGGUUGUUGAUGAUGUCGUCAGAUAUGAUGUUGAAGCUCAUGACAAAGACUAUCCUAUCGCCCCUACAGCAGAUGCAGGUGAUGAGGAAGAUGAAGAUGAACACGAUGAUGAUGAAGAUGAGGAUGACUCUCCAUCCCUUCCUAACACUGGAAAGGAUCUUGAUGGUGAUGAUGAUGAAGACGAAGAUAACGACGACUUCACGAUUCAGUACCACAAACCUGCCAGUGAUCUAAAAGGAUUCUCUCUCAAGGAUUCUUCAUCCUAG